CCUGAUGGCAAGAUAAAGCAUGGGAAAACGCAAUUUCUAUAUUAUCCUAUGUUUGGGAGUCUUUCUCACCGUAUCACUCUAUUUGUACAAUGGAAUUGAAACCGGAGCUGAAGCGCUCACCAAACGACAAAGAUAUGUAGAUGAUUUACGGCGGAAAAUCGGAAAUUUGGAGCAUGUAGCAGAAGAAAAUGGAAGAACGAUAGACCGCUUGGAACAAGAAGUUCAACGAGCAAAAGCUGAAAAAUCGGUAGAUUUUGAUGAAGAAAAAGAAAAAACGGAAGAAAAAGAAGUAGAAAAAGAGGAAAAAGAAGUUGCACCAGUUCCAGUUCGAGGAAAUCGUGGUGAAAUGGCUCAUAUUCAUCAAGUAAAGCAACAUAUCAAGCCAACUCCAUCGAUGAAAGAUGUUUGUGGAAUUAGAGAAAACGUCAGCAUUGCUCAUUCAGACCUGCAGAUGCUCGAUCUCUAUGACACCUGGAAGUUCGAAAAUCCAGACGGAGGUGUAUGGAAACAAGGAUGGAAAAUUGAAUACGAUGCAGAGAAAGUCAAAUCUCUUCCACGUUUGGAAGUUAUUGUGAUACCUCAUUCUCAUUGUGAUCCCGGAUGGAUUAUGACUUUCGAAGAGUAUUACAACAGACAAACUCGCAAUAUUCUUGAUGGAAUGGCUAAACAUUUGGCAGAAAAAGACGAAAUGCGGUUUAUAUAUGCAGAAAUAUCAUUUUUCGAAACUUGGUGGAGAGACCAGGCAGAUGAAAUUAAAAAGAAAGUUAAAGGAUAUUUGGAAGCAGGAAAGUUUGAAAUUGUUACUGGCGGAUGGGUUAUGACAGAUGAAGCUAAUGCACAUUAUCACUCAAUGAUCACUGAAUUGUUCGAAGGACAUGAAUGGAUUCAAAAUCAUUUGGGAAAAAGCGCCAUUCCACAAUCUCAUUGGUCAAUUGAUCCAUUCGGUUUAUCACCAUCAAUGCCACAUCUUCUAACUUCUGCUAAUAUAACCAAUGCUGUAAUUCAAAGAGUUCAUUAUUCGGUGAAACGUGAGCUUGCUCUGAAAAAGAAUCUUGAAUUCUACUGGAGACAAUUAUUUGGAUCAACUGGACAUCCUGAUCUUCGUUCACAUAUUAUGCCUUUCUACUCUUACGAUAUACCUCAUACGUGUGGCCCAGAACCGUCUGUUUGCUGUCAAUUCGAUUUCCGUAGAAUGCCAGAAGGUGGAAAAUCAUGUGAUUGGGGAAUCCCUCCACAGAAAAUUAACGAUGACAAUGUGGCUCACAGAGCUGAAAUGAUUUAUGAUCAAUAUAGAAAGAAAAGUCAACUUUUCAAGAAUAAUGUGAUUUUCCAACCACUUGGAGAUGAUUUCAGGUACGACAUUGAUUUUGAAUGGAAUUCACAAUAUGAAAACUAUAAGAAAUUGUUCGAAUACAUGAAUUCCAAAUCAGAAUGGAAUGUUCAUGCUCAAUUCGGAACUCUUUCUGAUUAUUUCAAGAAGCUUGAUACUGCAAUUUCUGCGUCUGGCGAGCAACUUCCAACUUUUUCUGGAGAUUUCUUCACUUAUGCGGACAGAGAUGAUCAUUAUUGGAGUGGAUACUUCACUUCCCGUCCAUUCUAUAAACAGCUUGAUCGGGUUCUCCAACAUUAUUUAAGAUCAGCUGAAAUCGCCUUUACCCUUGCAAAUAUUGAAGAAGAAGGAAUGGUUGAAGCGAAAAUUUUUGAGAAGCUUGUGACUGCUCGACGAGCUCUUUCACUUUUCCAACAUCACGAUGGUGUAACUGGUACGGCAAAAGAUCACGUCGUCUUGGAUUAUGGUCAGAAAAUGAUUGAUGCUUUGAACGCAUGUGAGGAUAUUCUUUCGGAAGCUCUUGUUGUAUUGCUGGGAAUUGAUUCAACGAAUAAGAUGCAGAUGGAUGAGCAUAGAGUUAAUGAAAACCUUCUACCCGAAAAACGUGUCUAUAAAAUUGGGCAAAACGUCGUAUUGUUCAAUACUUUAUCUAGAAAUCGCAACGAGCCAAUUUGUAUUCAAGUUGAUUCUCUUGACGCUGGUGUCGAAGCUGAUCCUCCAAUUAAAAAACAACAAGUUUCGCCGGUUAUUGCAUAUGAUGAAGAGAAGAAAACGCUUGUUGUCAAAAACGGAAUAUUCGAACUUUGCUUCAUGUUAUCACUUGGACCAAUGGAGUCUGUCAGUUUCAGACUUGUGAAAAAUACAACAACAUCCAAAGUUGAAAUAAUCACCAAUAAUGCGGCAGAAUUCAAAGAAACAAGUUUUAAAUCUUCAUCCACUUCUGGAGACUUUACUGUGAAAAACGACAAAGUUGAAGCUGAAUUUGAUGGAGAAAAUGGAAUGAUUAAAAGAGCUACCAGUCUUGUUGAUGAUAAACCAAUUGAUUUGAAUUCUCACUUUAUUCAUUAUGGAGCACGGAAGUCAAAGAGAAAGUUCGCAAAUGGAAAUGAAGACAACCCGGCUGGCGCAUACCUGUUCCUUCCCGAUGGAGAAGCUAGAGAACUCAAAAAACAAUCAAGUGAUUGGAUAUUGGUAAAAGGAGAAGUUGUUCAAAAAGUGUUUGCAACUCCAAACAAUGAUCUGAAAAUAUUGCAAACGUACACACUUUAUCAAGGGCUUCCAUGGAUUGAUUUGGAUAAUGAAGUUGAUGUACGUUCCAAGGAGAAUUUCGAGUUGGCACUGAGAUUCAGUUCUUCAGUAAAUAGUGGUGAUGAGUUUUUCACUGAUCUCAAUGGAAUGCAAAUGAUAAAAAGGAGACGACAAACUAAAUUACCAACACAGGCCAAUUUCUAUCCCAUGUCUGCUGGUGUUUACAUUGAAGACGAUACUACCAGAAUGUCAAUUCAUUCGGCACAGGCUCUCGGAGUUAGCAGUCUCUCGUCGGGACAAAUUGAAAUAAUGCUUGAUCGACGACUUAGUUCAGAUGACAACAGAGGUCUUCAGCAAGGAGUUAGAGACAACAAACGAACAGUUGCACAUUUCCGUAUUGUUAUUGAGCCGAUGUCUUCAUCGAGUGGUAAUAAGAAGGAAGAACGAGUUGGAUUCCAUUCACAUGUUGGUCAUCUCGCUACGUGGUCUCUUCAUUAUCCUCUUGUCAAAAUGAUUGGAGAUGCAACACCAAAAUCUAUUUCUUCGAAAAAUGUGGAACAAGAGCUGAACUGUGACCUGCAUCUAGUGACAUUUAGAACACUGGCAUCGCCGACAACUUACGAAGCCAACGAAAGAUCUACGGCAGCUGAGAAGAAAGCAGCGAUGGUGAUGCAUAGAGUUGUUCCAGACUGUAGAUCCAGGCUUACCCUCCCAGACACGUCAUGCUUAGCUACUGGAUUAGAAAUUGAGCCACUCAAAUUGAUCUCGACACUGAAGUCUGCGAAAAAAACGUCACUAACCAAUCUUUAUGAAGGAAACAAGGCUGAACAAUUCCGACUCCAACCAAACGAUAUUUCCAGUAUUCUUGUAUCAUUUUAAUUUUAUAAUUGCUUAUAUGUAGUAGUUAUAUUUUCAGUUUUCAUUACAUUUCAUGGGUAUUUAUUUAUUAACUAUAAUCUUGUAUAAGACGAUGUAAUUAUGAAACAACGAUUUCACACUUCCGGUUUUCAUGUAAAAUUUUUUUCGUUCCAAAUAAAUUGUUAUAAAAUU